GGCCGGCCUUGAGAAGGAUUAGUAUAAUGAGUUAAUAUAAUAAUGUAAAUUUUUGGUCUUUCUUCCCCAUUUUUCUUUUUUUUUUUUGCCUUGCUGAUUCACUGCUCAAAGGUAUUAAUAAUUACUAAUUUUAAUCACCUCUUUUCUCUCUUUUGCACGUUUCAUUUCAUUUUUUGGCCAUCUUUUUUCUUUACUUUAUUCUAUCCUUACAUCAUUUUUGUUCAAAUUCAUUGCGUAUACUUCUAGAAUCAUUCCAUUAAUCUUUGUCAAAAUUGAAAAUUUUCCCCCUUCAGUAAUUCUAUAAUAAUCGAUUUUGUUAUUUCAUUUAUCAGGGUAUUUCCUGAAUUUUUGGAGACAUUUUCUGGUCCUUAAAUUUGGAUAGAAUUGAAAUUUUCUGAGAUGGGAAGGCUUUUUGUGGUGAAUUUGGAAGGGAAGAUCUAUAGUUGCAAGUACUGUAGGACCCAUCUUGCUCUCAGUGAAGAUAUUGUUUCUAAGUCUUUUCAGAGCAGGCAUGGGAAGGCUUAUCUCUUCAACACAGUUGUCAAUACCACCCUUGGAGAGACCGAAGAUAGACUUAUGAUGACCGGGAUGCAUACUGUGGCUGAUAUUUUCUGUGUCGGAUGUGGAUCCAUUGUGGGUUGGAAAUAUAAAAGUGCCCAUGAAAAGAGUCAGAAGUACAAAGAAGGAAAAUCUGUCCUUGAACGUAUUGUGUGUGUCAUAGAAAAAUUAUGACUUGCGAUACGUACGCCUUUUUGGUUAAGCAGGUGCAAGGUGUUUGGCCCUGAUGGUAGCAACUAUUGGGUCGCUCGUGAAGCUCGUAUUGGUGAGAGCGAUUCUGAUGAUGUCUAAUUGCAUGAAACGUCAAUGGUUGAUUGCCAUUUAUUCUCAGAUUGUACAUAUUUUAACCUUCUAAAACCGUUCAAUCAGCCUUGUGGAUUUCAUAACUAUUUGCUCGUCAACUCGGUUAGCUAGACCGCUACCUUUGUGGGUUGUCACUGAUAAAGGGAAUCCUCCAUUGUUUCAGAAUUUCUUUAUCAUGUAGUAUUAUUUUCAAGCUCUCUAUAUAAAUGUAAAUUUAUCUUAAUGUUAUGCAAUUACUUUAAAUUAAAACCUUUGCGCAAUUACUUUAAAUUAUCCCACUAGUUUAUAGUAUUAUUGCUGAGUGUUGUGUUGAGUUACCAUGGUAACUUGGGAGUGAACAAGUAAAAUGUUGAAGAAAUAACUCUUGAAGACCUUAUACUUCUAUUGUCCUCAUUUUGCACUAGUUGCAAAAUAGAUGAAACUUAGUUGAAAAGAAAAUAGGAUUAAAGAAAGACGUGAAAAACAUAUUGAUGAUAGAAAUUAAUGGUUUAGAUGGAGGUAAAGUAAAAAUUUGUGGAUGAGAUUAAAAGAAUAAAAAUAAGGAAAAAAGAAAAUGGUGUAAAAUCAAUAAAAC